AUGCACAUCGGGACGGAAACGUACGUGUCGGCACACGUGCUCGACAUAAGUGGCAAAAAGACUCAGUUACGUGUGACAAAGAAGUAUGGCAAUCUGGUAAUGUGCUACGUGGAUGACGUGGUAAUAGCGACGCCUACACUGGAAGAUCACAUCGAGCGACUGGAAGAGGUAUUUGCAUGCAUGAAGAGGUCGGGGCUAAAGUGCAAACCAUCAAAGUGCGAAAUAAUCAAGGAUUCAAUAAAAUACUUGGGGAGGAUGGUGGACAGGCACGGCAUCAGACCAGUUCCAGAUGCAGUUGAAACAGUGCUGACUUGGAAAUCGCCAAAAACAGAACACCAAUUGAUGAGCUUCCUGGGUUUCGCGAAUUGUUACAUGGAAUUCAUCAAGGGUUAUGCGGAUAAAGUAUACCCGAUGCAACAAUUAAUGAGACACAAGGGCAAGAAGUUCACGUGGAACAACGCAGCUGAAGAAUCAUUCCAGAGAAUAAAGAAAGAGUUGUGCGAGGCAAAAGUGUCAGGGAUGCCAACGGAGAAAGGGAUGUACGUGCUGGAUACGGAUGCGUCGUCUUCCAAUUACGAGAUAGCUCGACAAGUCAGGCAAACCGAUACAAGAUCAAAAGAGCAUCCAGAGAAAACAAUCUUGAAGAAGACCCGAGGGAUGCCGAUGGGGAUAAUGCUCAAGUCAAAAAUUGUGAGAGAGACGCUCAAGGCGAAAGGCUAUGAUCUCAACAAGGUAGAAGCGGGAGAAGCACAGAUAGAUGAGGACUUGAUGAGAUUACUCGAGAAACUGGCAGACGAUAAACCCGUGAUCGAAAGAAAGGGCAAGGAGGAACCGGAAGUCACGAUAUUGCGAAGGAGUGAGACAGUCGGCGGCGAAAACACCUCAGGAGAGAGUAAUCCUGAUGGUAAAGAAAUCGUGCAGUCACUGGAGGAAGAUGAACACCUUGGAAUAGGUCAAGAGUCCGGGGAGUGGUGGCCCACAGAGGAAGAAGAUGCUGGAGAAGAAAAAUUGUCCGGGGAGUGUGAAGAAUGGGAUGAAGAUUCGGAGGGCAGCAGCGACGACCAAGAUAGUCUGUGCAUGAUACUGGCGGAAGAGAAGAUGAGACACCGCGACAGGGAGCUGCAGACGGAUCCCUCAUCAGGAACACACAAUUUGGAUCAGCUUGGAAGAGCUUGA